UAUGUAAGAUACAAUGUAUGCACACUAAAGAUAACUCUUGGUUAUCAUUAGCAUUUUCCUAUGUAGGUUUGAUAUUGACAACCCUUAAGGCCAUCAUUAGAAAAUCCAACUGGUUGACUUUGGAACUCGUCACAAACUCACAAUCUAUACAUUUGGUUGAUGAACAAACCUGGGAAUAAAAACAUAGACUAUUUUCAUUCAUCAAAGAUGUCUUUUGAUAAUAGCGAUGGCAUGGAGUCUGAACCUUCCACCUCCACAGCUCAAUGGUUACAACCAUGCCGUAAAUUCCAACUACGUGAAAUUCUUUUAGCAACAGAAAACUUCAAUGAGUCUUUGGUAAUCGGUAAAGGGGGCUUUGGAAAAGUGUACAAAGGUGAAGUUAUUGUUGGAACUAGUCAUGUUGUAGCAGCUAUUAAACGGUUAGAUCUGAUGUCAGAUCAAGGGGCAGCAGAGUUCUGGGCUGAAGUCGAGAUGCUUUCCAAGUUGCGUCACUCUCAUCUAGUGUCUCUCAUUGGUUAUUGUAACUAUGAAACAGAAAUGAUCCUUGUUUAUGAGUAUAUGCCGAAUGGAACACUUGAAGAUCAUCUCCAUAAACUCCGCAGUGGUCUUUCUUGGAUUGACCGGCUAAAGAUUUGCAUAGGCGCUGCACGUGGGUUAGACUACCUCCACACUGGUACUGGUAUUGAGUUUGGUGUUAUACACCGAGAUGUCAAGAGCUCAAAUAUUUUGUUAAAUGAAAGCCGGGCAGCUAAAAUUUCAGAUUUUGGGUUGUCCAAAGUAGGCCCAACAAAUCAACCACGCACUUAUGUCAACACUCUUGUAAAAGGCACUUUUGGGUAUCUUGAUCCAAACUACUUUGCCACUGGAAAGCUGACAAGGAAGUCUGAUGUGUACGCUUUUGGGGUGGUAUUGUUUGAAGUGUUGUGUCAGAAGCGACCAGUAGAUAGGAGUCUUGAAUACGGUUUAGCAGCAUGGGCGCAAGACUCGAUCAAAGAAGGUAGCUUAAAGAAUAUAGUUAAUCCUGAUAUAAGGGGCGAAAUAUCCCCAAAAUGUUUGAAGGAGUUUGCUAGAAUUGCCGAAAAAUGCUUAAACAAUCAUCCAAAGGAUCGUCCUACCAUGACUGAGAUUAUAUUCAGUCUGGAAUCUUUACUUAUCUUGCAGUUGCAAACUCCAGGCAAGUCAAUAUUUACUAGAAUGGUUGAUGUGUUUUCCUUCAACUCCACCGUUGAAAAUCCAGGUAUGGGGUUUGGACUUCUCGCAGCCAACAAGCGGAAGCAUCCGCUGCUUAGAAAAAAUUUCGUGCAGCAAAAUGUGGCUCUAGUUUUGGAAGAUCAUCUUCAAGGCACAAAUACACACAUUGGUGGUGACCAGGGUAAUUCAAUUCCUACAAGUAAAAAUGAGGAACCUACCAGCAUACAAGUUCUUGAAGAACCUGCUUCGUCGGAUUCAGAAGCUACAGAUGAUGACCCCUUACCAGCAGUGGAGGCGCUUCAAAUUUCUGGUGAAGCUUUCCCAGGUCGAGAACUUCAAGCUACUGGAUAUUCUAUCAAUGGAACUACAAGUUGUCACUUUGAGUGGGUACGCCAUAUGGAAGAUGGGUCUGUUAUCUAUAUUGAAGGUGCAAAGCAACCAAAUUAUCUUGUUAAUGCAGAUGAUGUUAAUACAUACCUUGCCAUUGAAAUCCAGCCCAUGGAUGAUAGAUUACGAAAAGGUGAACUUGUAACGGCUUUCGCCAAUGGGAACAGGAAAAUUGUGUGUGAUCCUGAAAUGCACGACCAUAUCGAAAAAGCUGUUCAGGCUGGUCAUGCUGAACAUAGAUUGUCCUUGUGGGCUGAAUACCUUAAUAUAUGGGAGCCAGUUACAUUAGUGGUCAAGAAGGAUGGGAUUAACAUAAAGGGUAGUGACACUACAGUUAACGAGAAGUUUUCCGCUACCACAAGAGUACUUGUUUCAUAUGGAAAUGCAGUGGAGUUUUCUGUUGUUUCAAGUGUUGAGCGGCAGUUUCGAGUGGAACAGGGGUUGGCUGCUAUCAGUUCAAGGGAUAUAAUUGUUCUUACCAUGAGAUACUUUAUCAGACGGGCUGUUCAGCAAAAGGAAGUGAAAAAGAAAGGCUUAUUCUUUAAAUGAAUAUUGCUUGAACUUGUGACGAGAUCAGGAAAGCCAUCUUUGUUGCCUAAGAAAUUUAUGCUUUGUGGCUGCAUCCAUAUUGGCUCUUGCUUUCUUAGAUUACACCACUUUCUAUAUAUGGUUUUUCUUCCUCUUUUCCAACACUGUAUUCAUUUGGGGUGAUAUAGUUAAUGGCAAUUAUAUAGUUAGGCGUGAUAUCCUCUGUAUAGUUGGCCUAGAUCAAUUAGUGAAAUCUGCCCAUGUUUACGAUGUAAUUGUUGAGUAUCUAACAAAUGUUCAACUCCAACCGGACCCUUUUUGACUCGGAUCAUUCUGACCCGUUAUGAAGUUGGCCCAUUCUGACCCGAGCCCAUAUUGACCGGUUACCCAAACCCGCCCAGCCCGCCCAUUUUGCCACCUGACAAUCGUGUUGUAGCAAUCAAGAAUUCCUAGAUAUCUGGGGGCAAUUAUCACAAACAGUUCUUAAAUGAACUUGUAAUUCUUAGCGAAAUUAAUCACCAAAAAGUGGUGCAGCUUUUGGGAUGUUGUCUGGAAACCAAGGUCCCGUUAUUAGCUUAUGAAUAUGUUUGUAACGGUUGUCUUUACGAGCUCAGUCAUAAUAUAGGAAGUGGAACAAGAGAUUGUCAUGGGAUAGACGUCGUUUAAGUAUAGCAUACGAUAUGGCCAGUGCACUUUUUUAUAUUCACACGGAUACUAAAAUGUCCAUCAUACAUGGAGAUUUGACGUCUGCUAACAUUAUGUUGGAUGAGAAUGUAACUGCAAAGAUUGCAGAUUUUGGUAGCCCAAGGUUAAUCCCUUUGGAUGAUCAUGGUGAACUUGCUACAGUCGGUCAUGGUACAUUAGGUUACCUGGAUCCCAUAUAUACAGACCAACUAACCGAUAAAAGUGAUGUGUAUAGCUUUGAAGUGGUUCUUGCGGAACUCUUGACAGGAAAUAAAGCAUUUAACUUUGAAAAAGCAGAAGGGGAAAGAAGUCUAGCAAGGUAUUUUAUAAAUUUUAAGAGGGAAAAUUGAUUGACUCAGAUUGUUGAUCAUCAAGUGUUAGUGGAGGCAACAUAUGAGCAGCUAAAAGUAGCAUGUGACCUGGCAUGUAGAUGCCUUGACCUAGCAAGGGUGAACAGAACCAGCAUGAAAGAAGUGGCGAUGGAGCUCGAAAUUAUAAGGUAGUUGGGCAAACAUUAUUCAUUUAUUCAAGACAACUACAUAGGAACCAUGUAGCUUAGUACCUGCAAGUGAACAAGUUGAUCUCCACAUUGAUAUCUCUGAAAACAGUGAUCUCUUUGAAUGCUACCGUGAUUUCUACAGUAAUAUCUCCUGUAAACAAAGAUUUCUUUGAAAGCAACCAUAUCUUAGUAACCCAGUAAAAGAAAUAACUCGCUGUUCAAAAUCAUGGAGUUAGUCAUGAAUGUUAAUUUACGAUGUUCCUUGGGAGAAAAAGUACACCACUGUGAUCAUGCUAAAUUCGUGUAUGCAGACGAUUGCUAAAUGCUAAAAUGAGAACUAUGUUGUAUUUA